ACACCUCUCUGAGGAAACAGGUCUCAUAAUGACUGUCUUUAAACUGAUCCCCGGUCAGCUAGUUGAGGAGACAUACAGGAAGCCAGGAAGUGUGUAAUGAUACUGAUGCCAGCGAUAGUAGUCAUUACGUACCGACGGACAGUGUUUAGUUUGGACAUUAGGACGUGAAUAUUUCUCCUAACAGGUUUACAUAUUUGAGUUUUAGCGAUGGAUAAGCUUCGACGUGUGUUGAGCGGCCGGGAGGAUAACGAAGAACUCGGGCUAACUGCACAGGUUCUUGAUGCCAGCUCCCUCAGCUUCAGCACCAGGGUGAAAUGGUUUGUCAUAUGCUUUGCUGGAGGCAUCCUGUUCUCCAUACUCGGCUCAGCUCUGCUCUUCCUUCCUGGUGCCGGCAUCAAGCUUUUUGCUGUCUUCUACACACUUGGAAAUAUUGCAGCUUUGUCCAGCACCUGUUUCUUGAUGGGACCAUUAAAACAACUGAAGAAGAUGUUUGAACCAACAAGACUCAUAGCAACCAUUGUUAUGCUGCUCUGCCUUGUCUUAACACUUUGUGCAGCGUUUUGGUGGCAUAAAAAUGUACUGGCAAUCCUCUUCUGUAUUCUGCAGUUUUUGGCAAUGACCUGGUAUAGCAUCUCUUACAUUCCUUUCGCCAGAGAUGCAGUGAUCAAGUGCUUCACUACCUGCCUGAAUUAAAGCUCUGGAUGCUGCAGUUUCCAUGAAAACUGGUCCCAACACGCAAAGCAGUUGUUAAAUAUGUUUAUACACUAUUCGUUUUCACUUUUCACCUCUUUCUGCCUCAUACUGUGAAUUCUUGCCUUUCACAUUUAGCUAGAAGAGUUGCAAUUUAGCCAUAAUGUAACUGUAAAUCAUCUUUUUUCUCCAAGCAUGCCUAAUGCCUAAUAUAUUUAAGAAAAGCGGAUUCUAUGAGAUUCUUAUGCUUUCUAAAGAUUUUAUGCAAGUCAUGUGCAGGAAAAUUAUUCUUAUUAUGCACAACAAACUGUAACAACGACACCUUGAUGAAAUUAUAUCUGUAUUUAUACCAAACACACAUUUUUGAUUAUUAUUUUUUGUAACGAUUCUUUGUUUUUCUGGAUUUUUAAAGUGGUGUUAAGGCCUCUUACAAGAAGUUGGAAGUAUUUUCUUGGAUGUUUGGUGCUGACGGUUUUUUUUGAUUCAAUGCUUUACUGAUUAUGCACUGGGAUGUAUAGUUCCUACAUCUCUAUAAAAGAUAUCAUUUUUUUCUCUUCUGCUAAUGAGAUUUGUAAAUGCUGCCUUUGUGUCUUGUCUACUGGUCUUAAGUGUGUGCAUUCUAACACGCUGCGCCCCCAACCAAUAAAUAUCGUUAAAGAAACACUUCUUCUCCUCUUUCAGACGUGAUUUCCUGCCAUAUGCAGCGAUGACCCAGUUAAUUACGCUUCCCUGAGCAUUGUGAUUUUGACAUGACCUAAUAACCCGACUCCCUCUGUUGCGUUGGCAUGUAGCCUUUGAGGAUGUGGUUGCCAUGACAACCUCCUCUGGAGGAUGCAGUGCCUCUGCCUACCCCCAUUUCUUUUUUUUCUUCUUUUUUUUUUUUAGAGCAGAUGUUCACAUUAUGCCGAUGUGGGUUUUUGUUAAAUGGGAAUCCUUUGGACCAACAGUUUCUGCAGCUUAACGUGACGAAGAUGCCGCCUUCUCCAGAUUUAUCCGAUUCUUCAUUUCUUUACUUUUUCUUGUUCUGCAAUCCCCACACGGCCGCUGGUGGUUUGCAUUCAGGCAAUCUCCUCUCAUUUGAGCAACUAAUUUGGCAGGGAUCCACCAAAAUCCGUCAUUGUGAUCUCAGGGAUGAAAUAAUUAUUCUACGCAGGGUGUCUUUGCGAUUGUUUUCAUCUGCCUGCAAUUUUUGGAUUGUUGUAAAGUUUGAGGUUGAAGGGGGGGAAACAUUCUGACCUCCACAAUCUGCUCCAGGCCCAGCUGCUUCCUCCAGUUUUUAAUCUGCGGUUAUGUCGGAGAUGAGGGAGCCCACACGCCUGUGCUUCCUCUUUAGAUUAGUGCUCCAAAUCUUCUUGCAAAGAUUAAUAAAUAACUUGGCCAGUG